AUGCACGUGCAGUUCUGGCCGAACUUUCCUGAGAUAUCUAAUAACGGAAUGACAAAUUUAAUUCAAGAAUCUGCAUUAUCCCUCGUGAAAUCAAGGAAAAAGAAAAUUGAAGCUGAAGGAGAAAUUAUUGACAUCAAAAUUGAUCCAUAUUUAAGAAAUUUCUCUGGUGAUGUGAUAUCAAAGGCAUGUUUUGGAAGUAAUUAUUUAGAAGGAGAAGAGAUUUUCGUUAGGCUUCGUGCUCUUGAAGAAGUUUGUACCAAAAGAUUUCUAUUUUCUGGAAUUCCUGGCAUGAGGUAUUUACCAACAAAAAGCAAUAGAGAAAUGUGGGGAUUAGAAAAGGAAACUCGCAAAUUAAUCCUGAAAUUAGUGAAAGAAAGGAAGAAAACUGGAUAUGAGAAGGAUCUGUUACAAACAAUUCUUGAAGGGGCAGAAAAUAGCAAUUUAAAUUCAAAUGAAAUUGAUCAGUUCAUUGUUGAUAAUUGCAAGAAUAUUUAUUUGGCUGGAUUUGAGACAACUGCUGUUUCUGCAACAUGGUGUCUUAUGUUAUUAGCUGCAUAUCCCAAUUGGCAACAAAAAGUACGUGCUGAAGUUCAUGAAAUUUGCAAUGGUAAAAUCCCAGAUUUUGAUAUGAUUCGACAGAUGAAACUG